AUGAGCGAAUUGAGAGAACGUCUCGCGCGAUUGGGACUGUCCCAGUACCACGAAGUGUUCACAGCCGAAGGCUUCGACACUUGGGAGACUGUGCUCGACAUUACAGAAUCAGACCUAAGUUCCCUCAACGUCAAGCUUGGCCAUCGUCGGAAACUUCAACGGGCCAUCGCCGAAUCGCGCGGACAGUCUUCGGAUAGGCCUCUGCCCAUCAAUCUUGCACGAGCUGGGAGCACUGCCGGCUCGUAUCGCAGUGACGACUCGGGGCCAGAGAGCAAAAGCAAGCAGCCAGAGCCCACCAAUACUGCACCGAAUGGAACAGGGGCCAAGCGGAAGUACCGUCGACAUCCCAAGGUGCGAGAGUCACUCAAGGGACAAGACCUUACCUUCACCGAGAUUGCCAAGGUAGUCGGUGAGAAAUGGCAAGUCUUGCCUGCCGAGGAACGCGAAGGUUGUGAACGACAGGCCAAUGGUGCCAAAGAGAAAUACUAUGCAGAGCUGGCUGAGUACAAGAAGACGCCCCAUUUCGAAGCGUACCAAAAGUAUCUCGAAGAUUUCAAGUCGAAGCACUCAGUGCCCACUAAAGGUCUGUCCACAGCUUCCGUCGUCAUGUGCCGCAAUGUAUUGACACGUGCAGAAGGCAAACGCUCAAAGCUCGAAACCGAAACCACCACUUCAACACGAGGAGGUAGCAAUGAACAGGCCGACCCACCGGCAAACAGGAGAUUGAGUUCUAUUCAGUCCGAUGCCCAAGCAGCAUUACAACAAAAACCGGAUCCCACCCAACCAAUCCCCCCUUCACGGCUACCACCUGGUCCAGUCUACGCUUCGAACUCGACAUCGCCGGCCAAUAUUCCCCUUUCUGGCUUCAACUCCCCCCGUUCGGGCGAACAAUUCUCCCCCACAUCUGCAUCUCCACGGACCACGGUCUUGCAAAGAGAUGGCGGUGUCUAUGACCCAUCCGUACCCAAUUCCAUUCGAGAAACGAGGAUCCCCUUCGAUGCCAAUCCGUACCAUCAGCCUUCUGCGUACAACCUGGACCUCCACCAAAAGAUUGCAUCGACUCCACCACCUCCAUAUCCCCACCCAAAUCACUUUCAGGGGCCAAACGACAUGCUUUCUCGCAGGACUCCGCGCGACUCCUCGCGUCUCCCCCCUCUCAGUCACGAAGAUACAACAUUGUCGUCCGAGAGUGGUCACAGCAAUCAAGGAUCUCAAGGGUACACCUUGUCGGCUUAUCCUGGGCAGACAUUACCUGCAGACCCGAGUAAGACGAUGCGCAUGCUUCCCCAGCCAGUGCCCAGUAUAGCACCCCUAGCCUCGCCACUGGAUCGGCCGAUACCGCCCAUGCCAUCACACCUCUCGCACAAUCCCCAUGACUAUCGUAAUCAGGGGUCACUUGCGGUCCUCGUAAGAGCAGGAGAACUGGCAUCAAGAGCAGUGGACGACGACAUGGUCGAGACCGAAAGCUCACCUUGA